AUGGACGCCCAAGCAACCGCUCCCCCGGCCACAGAUGCCGCCUCCUACCUCGACCUUGGCAUCACACUCGCCCUGAACAACUGGCCCUCACUCACACUCGCUGUGCAAUCAAACUGGGGCGGCCCAACCUCUGAUGACAAGCGCGCCUGGCUCUGCGGAGCUAUCUCUGAGAUGCUGACCGAUCGACCGGAAACCGACGCCGAGGAUGUGGAGGACGUGCUGAUUCAGGUGAUGAAUGAUGAGUUUGACGUUGUGAUUGAUGAUGAGAGCGCUGGCAAUGUGGCUGUUCAGAUCAUGGAAUUCAAGGAGCAGACAGAUGCUGGGCAAUUCAGUGCUAUUCGGGAGAUGUGGGAGACUUGGCAGCGGAAGAGUGAGCAGAAGUCUGCUGCAUCGAGCAUGUUUAAGCAGGUUGAGUCUAGGGAUGAAGACCAGGAGACCGAUGAUGAAGCUAGUGAUGAUGAUGUGGACAUGGGUGAUGCGCCGGCAUUGGUGAGGGCGCCGAGAGAGAAAGCUGAGCCUGAGAUUGAUGAGGAUGGGUUCACCAAGGUUGUUGGAAAGAAGCGGUAA